AUGAUGGGAAAGCGCAAGCUGGGCGCGAUGGAGACAGUCAGCCCUAGCGCGCAGCACGGAGCGCAAACCCGCCUUUGUAUCGAGACCGAAGCAAUGGGGUUUCUGAGUAGGGAAGUCGACGAAAAUGAUGCAAGCGCAAUGAUUUUGAACCAGUCGCUUGAACGCGUGAGGCUGCAGGCGCUGAAAAACGCCGAAGCAAAGGAGACCGCCCAAAAGGCCCAAAAGCCGCGGCGCAUUCCGCCGUUGGUCAUGCCCCAUGACCCGGGCACAACCUACGAUUUCACAGACAUAAAAAGGGUCUUAAAUUCACCGGUCACGCUUCAAGAGUUCUCCGAGCCGGAACUCCGGAGCGCAUUCAUACUGCUCGCGAGCGCCCUCAAAGUGGUGCGCCAGAUCGACGAGAAGGAGCGCAUCAUGCAGUGCUUGUCCGUGUGUUCGGACGAGCUGCUGGGCCGAGUGUCCGAAACGGAGUUUUGGACGGCCAUGGUCCGGAACGGCCUGGCGGCGCUGCUCCUUGGCGUGGUCCCGGAGGAGGACACGUGGAAGCUGCUGCAGGCGACGAUUGAUGUCGUCAGCAACGAGGACUGGCGGUCACAGGGCUUCCUACACGCGCUGCAAACUCUGACCCCUCUUCUCGGCAAGGGCGGCAUCGCGUUCAUCCAACGCCUCAUCAGCUCGUCAGCCCUGGAGCGAGUCCUAGCAAAGUUCGUGGGCGAGAACCUCGCACUCGAAGACUUGCUGAAACCGGCGGAUGUGAACACUUUCGGAUGGACACUGCGCCUCUUCUUCUCCAUCGGCAGCUCGUUCGACAGCGGGACGUAUCAUCUGCACACGGCCUCGAAGGAAGCUCUUGAGAUCCUUGUCCGCCGGGGAGCUGUGGGCAGAAUCCUGGAAGCAGUUACUUUGCUUACAACAAGUGCCGAAACUGUCGACACAACCCGCCUAGAGGACCUGUGCAAGAUGCUGGAGCUCUGCACAGAAGUUCUCGCCAGCUGCGCCGUUGGAUCGGAACGCUUCUUGCAGGAAUUGAAACAGAGCGAAGGAUUCGCGGAAAACGUGGCAUGGUUCAUCAGGCACUGGGACUACACCCCGACUGCAAGCCACGCCUCUCUAACCCUUCUUUGGAAGAUGUUCUUCACGGGCCCGAAGUUCGGGGACUUGGAUCUGCCUCUGUCCCUGGCCUCACAAGAAGGCCUGCUUGAGCGCCUCGCCGCUUUCGUCGAUUACGUCCCGGAGUAUCGGACCAGAAACCCUAUUGCAGACGUUUCCGUCAUCGCCGAAGUCUUCCUGGGCUUCCUCUCGCUUGAGCCCCUUCCCCCGGGCGCUUUCUCUCCCCCGGUCGUCCGCGCCCUCUGCAAAAUAGCGACCGGGGCAAACUUCCCGGGGUAUGCUUCCCAAGCCACGGGCCUGAUUCGCCACUUGGUCCCGAAAGGAAGUGUGUCGGUAGAUGCCGUCAGGGGCGCGGCCGCGGCCGCGGCGCUUCACGGCCUGGUGGACUUAAAGUGCGAUCAGUGCGGCGCGGCGAAGGGGCAGUGGGAGCUGAAGAGAUGCUCGCGCUGCAAGUAA